CUGGAAGUCUCUCCCUCAUAUGCUGACUUGUGACUCUUGAAAUCGCACAAGGAUAUUUGCUGGAGGCUAGAAGCUAAUAUAGACUCAUGCGUAAGCAAAUCAAUCUGUAGAGGGAUCGUCAGCGGAGGAUUAUCUCACAUCUUUCCCUUCUAAUAUCACGCAGAUUUAUGCUGCAUUUCUCUAGUGGGAGUGUUUUCACGCAGCAUUAGCCUCACAGAUCUUUUGUCAUUCUGCGACCACCUGCGCUUGAAACCCGGCAAAAGGCGGUGGCUGUCCAGGCGUGCAGAGCUGAAAAAAAAGGAAAGGAGCUGAGACUCUGAGCAUCUGUGCAGCUGUACUCCCCCUCAGAAACCUCACAGCCGUCCCCCGCCUCACUUGCAAGGCAUGUCGUCCACCGGGGAAGUACCAGCCUUCUUCAAGAGCAUAGGCUCUGACAGCCCCGGCAGGCCGAGGCAGAAAUUCUGUGGCAUGUUCUGCCCGGUGGAAGGCUCCUCGGACAGCAAAACGCUGGACUUUGAUGCGCUCUCGGCGUGCAGGAAGAAGAGUGACGGGCGAGUCAUUGACCGGCAGACCGACAUCUCUCAGCCGAGGAAGGUGGAGAUAAGGGAGAGCACGGGCAAAGAAGCUCUGCAGAAUCUGGACAAUAAAAGGAGCGACCGUCUCCUGAUCAAAGGAGGGAAGAUCGUGAACGAUGACCAGUCCUUCUGUGCUGACAUCUAUAUGGAGGAUGGAGUCAUCAAACAAAUUGGGGAAAAUCUCAUCGUGCCCGGUGGGGUUAAAACCAUCGACGCCCACGGCAGCAUGUUGAUGCCGGGCGGCAUCGAUGUGCACACGCGUUUCCAGAUGCCUGAUCGAGGCAUGGUGUCCGCCGAUGAUUUCUACCAGGGCACCAAGGCUGCGCUGGCCGGAGGCACCACCAUGAUCAUUGACCACGUGGUUCCUGAGCCUGGAGUCAGCCUCAUCUCGGCCUUCGAGCAGUGGCGCGAAUGGGCCGACAGCAAGUCCUGCUGCGACUACUCGCUGCAUGUCGACAUCAGCGAGUGGCACAAGGGCAUCCAGGAAGACAUGGAGACGCUCGUAAAGGAUCACGGAGUCAACUCUUUCCUGGUGUACCUGGCUUAUAAGGAUGUUUUCCAGCUUACUGACGCUCAGGUGUACGAGGUGUUCAGUGUGAUCCGCGAUCUGGGAGCCAUCGCCCAGGUGCACGCUGAGAAUGGAGACAUUAUCGCUGAGGAGCAGCACAAGAUCCUGGAGCAGGGGAUCACUGGGCCUGAGGGGCACGUGUUGAGCCGCCCAGAGGAGGUGGAGGCGGAGGCUGUAAACCGCUCUGUGACUGUGGCCAACCAGACCAACUGCCCUCUCUAUGUUACCAAGGUGAUGAGCAAGAGUGCUGCUGAUGUCAUCGCCCAGGCCAGGAAGAAGGGCACUGUGGUCUAUGGAGAGCCUAUCACUGCAAGCCUGGGAACAGACGGUUCUCACUAUUGGAGCAAGAACUGGGCCAAGGCAGCUGCCUACGUCACCUCUCCUCCCCUGAGCCCUGACCCAACCACACCAGACUAUCUCAACUCCCUGCUGUCCUGUGGUGACCUGCAGGUGACAGGAAGCGCACACUGUCCCUUCAACACCGCCCAGCGUGCCGUGGGCAAAGACGACUUCAGCUUGAUUCCUGAAGGCGUCAAUGGUACUGAGGAGAGGAUGUCCAUCAUCUGGGACAAGUGUGUGGUGACGGGUAAGAUGGAUGAAAACCAGUUUGUGGCAGUAACCAGCACCAACGCCUCCAAGAUCUUCAACAUGUACCCCCGCAAGGGUCGCAUCGCCGUGGGCUCAGAUGCCGACCUGGUGCUGUGGGACCCCGACGUCACGAAGAUUAUCUCUGCCAAGAGCCACAACUCGACUGUGGAGUACAAUAUCUUUGAAGGCACAGAGGUGCGCGGCGGGCCUCUGGUGGUGAUCAGCCAGGGGAAGAUUGUGUUGGAGGAAGGGAACCUCCACACCACCGAGGGCUCGGGACGCUACGUGGCCCGCAAACCUUUCCCGGACUACGUCUACAAGAGGAUAAAAGCUCGCAGCAGGCUGGCUGAGCUGAGGGGUGUACCCAGGGGACUGUACGAUGGCCCGGUCUGCGAGGUGUCAGUCACCCCCAAAACGAUGACUCCUGCCUCCUCCGCCAAGACCUCCCCUGCCAAGCAGCCCAACCAGCCCGUCCGUAACCUGCACCAGUCUGGUUUCAGCCUAUCCGGCGCUCAGGCUGACGACAACAUUCCUCGCCGGAGCACCCAGCGCAUCGUGGCACCACCAGGCGGCAGGGCCAACAUUACCAGCCUGGGUUAGAGGUCCGUCCUCGGCCGCUAAGGAGGAAACGAUUAUCGGAGCACGGGAGGGCCAACGGGAGCUGAGGGGUCGAGGAAAACACGUCACGACACCAGGAGCCGAACCCUUCACAGCACCUGACCCGGCCAUCCAUCAGCCUCCAUCUUUCACCACCUCCUUCGCCGCUUUCCACGUAUCCACUCUCCUCCUCCCCAAAACCAGAUCCUAGAGGACAGUUAAAGCAAAAACAACAAAAAAAGGUCUGCAUCAUAUGAUGGAAAAAAAGAGAAAAAAUGAAAACACUCCUUAUUUGAGCACUUUUGACUGCAUUAUUUAGUUUUUUUUAUACCGUACUUUCUCCCUGCCAUUGUAACCGAUGUUUGUUUUACUGUUGUUUUAAUAGAGGGGUCAAGUGAGACUAAACUGAAUUAAAACAGUUAAGAGAAGAGGAACAUUUCCAUGCAGGAUGUCUAUUGUUUAUUUUCAUUUUGGGAGUAGUUUAAAUGGAGCAUUGGUACAAAACCCGUAUUGUUAUCUUCUUUUCUUGCUCUUUGAAUAGGCCAAACAGGUUGCUUGAAAUUGAAAAGUCUUGCAGUUUAUUCAGCCGACAAGAAUCGAAUACUUCUUUAAGAUUUGUAUUAUGUUGUAUUUGAAUCGCUUCCCAUUCCAGUGCAUCGCCAUCCGUCACACACUGCUGCGAUCAAUAUCCAAUUGAUUAAUCGCCAUGAGGACGGCCUUAAGGUUAGAAAAAUUUAACAACACAGCAAUUUUUUAUUAGGAUCAUAGACUCUGGCUGCACUGGCUCUCAUCUCAUGUUUCCCCCACUUGUGGCUUUGCUAAGGUACAUAAGUAAAAAACCAUAUUCCAUAUUUGGCAGCUGCCUUAGAGCUUGUGAGUCUUAGAAGAAGGAGCUUUGGCAGGUAGUAAAUAGAGCUUUAUGCCUUGUUCUUGAGAGUUAGGCCAUUAAGUGGGAGAAUUGUGGGAAAGAUUCAGGGAGGAAAGAGAACGUUGUAUUUGCUGUCACUUCAAAUCUUUCCUUGCCUUAUUGUCUCUUAAUGCCGUCCUAUUAGAGCAUGUUUAGAGGUGUGGGGAAGGUGCCAUUCACUACGCAGCUACAUAUUUCUCAGUUUGUUUGCAUUCCUGUGAAUCCUAAAGGUUUUGAUCUGUUGAAUCACCGAUAACCGUCCCAUCACCAACCAGUGCAUUUACAUACAGAAUGUUUCUCCACCUUCAAAUGUGACUGUUUUAUACUCAUCGAAAUCCCUCUUUCUUUUCUACUCUUUAUGUGCCUGAACCCACAGAAGUUGUACUGAUAGUUUUAAUUUUGUUCUUGUUUUGUUAUUCUUAUUGAGGUAAGUGAAGGAUGCAAGAUGAAAAAAUAUGUAAAAUAGCCAGGAUAAACCGAUUCUAAGGUGCCAGAUUUUGCGCUUUCAUAGGGCCUAUCCUGCUGGUAGAGCCCCUGUAAAGACGAAAAUGUUCGAUAUCUUGAAAUGUUCUAAUAUUUUAGAGUUUUUAACUUGUUGUCAAACUGCUUUUUAGUGUCAUUCUGUAACUAGGUGCCUAAGGGCUGAGCACUAUUGAUUUACGCUUGAAAGUAGACAUGAGCUAAUGUACUUCUGACUGGUGUGCAGUGUUAAUGUGUGAGGGAUGGGACACCACAGCAGGCUCCUGUACAGCACUGCUUACUGUUAUGAACGUGACGUCACUCCGGGCUGUGCUGAGCACUCGUACGUUCUUGUUCCUUUUUUUUUUUUUUUGCAUGAUCUGGUUUUCAUUAAGCCAAGCAACUGAUUUCCUGUUAGUUCUUAUGUCAACGAAGUCUUGGCUACCAGUCCCCGUCUCUGCAGCCUUUUUCUUCCCCAUGACUCAACACGGAGCAACAAGCUCACAUACAGACCAGAGGCUGCAUUACAGAAAGUCUGAAAUCCUAUUUCAUCUCAGUUUGGAUGACAUUUAGGAUUGUUGGUAUUACAGAAACAUGUUUCCUAACUGCAUUUAGGAAAGCAAUCUUAUUUUAGGAUAGGAAUUUAGCUAUUGCAGAACCGUAGUAGGUAGAUGGCAUAUACCCUGUCCUCAACUCACGUAACAGCACUGUUAGGUCUGUAGGACGUCUACAAUUUAAUGAUUGAACGGCUACUCAAAUUGUAAUAUGACGCUUUAAAUGUUCGCUUUGUCUUUAAACGGCUUUACUCUUUAUCCUGUUCUCAUGGCUACAAUUGAAUGCUUGUCUUUUUUGGUCCAUGAUAGCGAGCUAGCUAGUGACUAGUGAGGGACGUUGAUAUCAUCGCUUGUUCAUUUUGAGUAUCCUGUACAUUAUAAUCAAAGAUAAAGGCAUGACAGGAGUAGUGCCAGCUGAAGAAUAACAUUUAGAGUUAUCGUUAGGAUUUAAGAUGAUAAGAUGGGAGAUCUGGGAAUAUCACUCAGCCAUGAGUUCAGAAAUUGCUUCUGUAAUAGCAAGAUGACAUUAGGAAAGCAGUUAUGUAAUGAGGCCCCAGCUACAUACAUGUAUGGUUAGUCUUUGCUUUAAACUGCACUUAAAUUAAACCUAAAUUUCCCUCGGGAUGAAUAAAGUAUCUAUCUAUCUAAAUUCUACAACUAGUCUGAUGACGACCAUACCAUUCCUAUACCGUUAAGACCUACUUGUCGCUAUAGCAGCAGAUAAGAGCUAGCGUUAGCGCAACUGGCCCCUGACUUACUCACACAUAUACACACAUACAUAUAUAAUGUAGACAUACACCACCUCUGUUUGUGCUUUCAACCCCACUUGUUCAGGCUUCCUCCCCUCUGAUCCAACUGGAAACCUAUAAAAGGGAAAGUAUGUCAGCGUUACGAAUAAUAUAUACCGGUAUUUAAUUUAAGAAUCCACAGCAGGGGGAAUGAAAGCAUUCAAUGAUAUGACAAGAUGGGAAUGGGAAAUGGAAACUUGAUCUCCACAGCAAUUUAUGCAUCACACCACGAGGUUUUUGUAAGUCAGGAGUGGGGAAUUUGACUGCUUUCACAGUGGAGCCCUCUCUUCUUAUAGACACCAUCUACACUGUAUUUCUCCCUGCUACUUCAGACGGGAGAGUAUACAAUCUGGCAGCAAGUGUAGCUCUUGUGAGAGUAAUGGCACGCUCCUUGUAUUUUGGUAUCUUCCGCGCCACUCCUUCCUUUCAGUUUGUCUUUCUCAGUCUUUCAGUCUCCCCUCUUCCUCCUCCUCCCACUCUGGCUCUUUCGUUGUUUCUGGCCGUUGCCGAGGCGACAGACCCUUCCACUCUCACAGGGUUCUGCUUUUUUGUUUGUCAUGGCAACGCUUGUCCGAUUGGAGGUUGCCAUUCGCAACCGGUCCUGACCUGGCGCUAUUAGUAACAGCUUUACACAUACACACACACACACACACACGUUUUUAUAAUUAUUCUGUGACAGUUCUGCACCAUUUCGACAUAAUCCUGUACUGAGUUGCAUGGAAUCCAGAAUCCCCUGCUGCUUAGAAUGGAAUCUAUUAGCGUUGAAAGCACACUACAGGCUAUAUAAGAAACACACUUUCACACACACACACACACACACACACUCACACACACCACUAAACAGCCGUUGCUGUGAUGCACCACCCAUGCCUGAAGAAUUGACUUCAACGAUGGGUUCCCCUCCCGUGUCCCAUGCCUCCUCGGCAUACACACACUGAAACACACACUUAUACUCCUUUUAAUGCGCUGUCAGCUUGGAUGCUUUUUCUAUGCCAUAUUAUGCUAAUGAUAUAUGAGUGAUAUGUAUGUACGCAACGUGCUGCGGAUUGAGAGGAGCUUCCUUCGUUGAUGCUGUUGAACACCUUCUUGCCCACGAACCCUCUCGUCCCCCCCUCUGUAAGCCUCCCCUCCCCUUGUGAAAGUGAAACUGUGUGAUGAUGUUUGUCUCGGUGGCUGUGGGGUUUCUGGGAUGCUUGCUCACUAUGGAAAAAGUGUCAAAUCCCAUGGAUGGUGAUGUAAAAAAAAAAAGAAGAAAAACAAGGAUGUCAAAGAAUAAAAAAAAAAAAAAGGGAA